AUGACUGGAGAAAAAAUAAAAAAUUUGCGUGACCUUGCAAAUCGAGCGUUGAAUGCAGCGGAAGAUGAAAGACCUGCUCUUUUUGUGGAUUUAUCUGAGGCUAUUUCCCAACCCGAUAUUGAGUGUGCUGACAUUCGGAAUCUAUGUAAAAUGCUGGUCACUACCCUAACAAAAUUUAAGGACGAACAUUCUCAGAAGCUUGUUAGAAAUUUGUUAGUGGACAUGAUAAAUCAUCACCACGACGCCGCCACAGAAGGAUUGAUGACAGUGUUCAAAGUGCUUGCAUUGAAAGAACUUGCCAAUGCGCCACCAAAUAAAGCAUCAAAAGCUGCAUUAAUAUCUCUCGGUUGGUCGUUUUUACUGAACAAAUAUUGCAACAGAGAGUCCAAUGUUUUCAAGGACGAGUUACCGCGUCUUGUUGAUUAUCAAUCGCAUUUAUAUCAAAUAGUGCUAUUGGCAUCUUGCAAUAACCUUAAACGGGCUGCUGAUACUAUAAUGUUUGAAAUAUUAUGUGAAGAGGAUUAUUACGGUUUUUAUAAAACACACUUAAUGAAGAAAGAUCCUUCGAGUCAAUCGUUGUUAAUGCUUUUAUCUCUCUUGAACAAUAAGAAUGAUAUAGCCACGUAUAAAGAAGAUUUAAUUAACAUAUUUAUAAAGGCUGUAAUAACCGCCAAGAAGAAGCCGUUUUCGUCUAUUAUUCCCCACUGUGGUCCACUGCUUAAUAUCAUUUCAAAAAAUGACUUUGAAACUAUGUUAUUACCGCCUAUGCAGAGAGCCAUUUUGCGAAAUCCGGAAAUUGUUGUACAAGCUGUUGGUGUAAUAAUAAAGGAGUUAAGCUUCGAUUUCAGUCUAUAUGCGCUACCACUGGUUAAGGUAAUAAUGCCAAAUUUGUGUUCGAAAGAUGAAUUGACAAGGAAAGAAGCUGCCGAAACCGUUAAUAUGUGUUCAUCAAAAUGUACGAGUGCAGAUGUUAUAGCUGAAAUACUUAAGUUAUUAUUCGAAACGUUAAAUGGAUCAGGAGGCAAAGUCACUGUAGCAGAAAUUCGAAUUAAUAUUUUAGAGUGUGCAGGAAAUCUACAAAACAACAACGUGGCACCUGACGAUUUACAAAAAUUAUUUCCUAUUGUAAUCGAAUUAUUCUCAAAGAUAUUGAUUUCAGAAGUUCACGAAAAGGUUCUAUGUAAAUCACUGGAAUCAUUUGGUACAUGGUCAACGAUUUUCACCGAAAAUUUUAAUGCUACAAUAUGUGAAAUUGCCAAGAAAGGAUUACAGCUAAAAUCUACUACCCAAACAGUUCGACUAUCAUAUUUGCAAUGGCUCCUCACCACUAUGAACGGAAAAUCAUUUCAAUUAGAUGAGAGUUUUAUUACAACGUUGCUAAAAUUUUUCGAUCAAGGAUUGCUUAAUAGUUCUCAAAUAUCUCUAGUAUCUGAAGCAGCAUGUGUAGCAUGUAUAUUUCUUAAAACAACGGGAGCGGAAAAUAAUGCGUCAUUAAUAAGCUUUUGGAAUUCAAUAUUAGACCUAAAUAAGUCUAUAUUUUUUACAGAAAGAUUAAUAGCAUCAUCGUCGCCGGAUAUUGCAUGCUGUAUAACUCUAAUUGCACAUCGACUUUUAACUGUUCAUUACAAAAAUAUUAAAGGAAAUUGUAAUAUUCUAUUUCGGAUAAUAGUCCUCUCAAUUUUAUCCACUUCAAAAAAAGUACGAGACUAUUCCAAAAAGCUCAUACAUCAAUUAAUAUCUCAUGAGCAGUGUAUUGCGUUUGUAAAUCAAGUUUUCGAGGAACUAAAAGAUCAAUUGACAACGAAUGAAAAAACCUUUGAAGAACAUGAUUCACAUGUACUGGGAAAAUCCUUAUCGGAAACUAUACAAUUAUUGUGUAAUCUACCAAAUAUUUCUAGAACCGAUUCGGAAUGUUUAGCUUUUCAAUUAAUUUUAAUCUGUCAUCACCCUUUAAUAAUGAAUGUUGAACCUCUUUUGUGGGAGAGUUUAAUAACACAACAAUUUAAAAUAGACCUUCAAGAAUUUAUGACAUCUAAACAUGCAGACAUAUUUGAAAAUGUCGUUUUAAAUUUCAAAGCAACUCCGGUAUAUGAGAACGCAAUUGCUACAUUGGCAAGAGUAAGCUCGGACACAUUUUUGCCAUUAUUAAUAGCAAAUGUAACGAAUGUUCUUAAUGAUCCAAGCAUUAUAAACGUUACAGAUGAUGAAUAUUUUACAUUUUUAACACCCGAUGGCGAACUUUAUGAUAAGAGUGUAAUACCAAACACAGAUGAUUUAUAUUCAACAACCGGAUUGAAAAGGGAAAAUAAGGCUUACAGUUAUAAAGAACAAAUUGAAGAGCUCCAAUUGCGAAGAGAAAUUGAAGAAAAAAAGCGUAAAGACGGGAAAGCAAAGCCAAUUAAACUUACUCCAAAACAAGAAGAAGUAAUAAGAAAUCAAACAGAAAAAGAACAACAAAUUAAAAACCGUUUGAGGGAACUCAAUAACAAACUAUUGAAUGCAGUGAAAAUGUUAGAAGCAACUUUUAUUGGAAAUAUUAACAAUAUUACCUUGCAUUUUCCAAAAUUACUAAGUUCCAUAUUGCUAGCAAUGAAAUCACCUUUGGCAGCGGAACGUUUGGUGAAACUGUAUUUUAAUUUUCAUAAUAUAUGCUUCGCAAAUUCUAGUUUGGGGAAACAACUAGCAAUAAAUACAAUUCGGCUACAAAAACCUCAUUGUGAUCUGAAUAAUGACUGGUUAGCCAUUAAUAUUGACGACGCCGUUAUAUGUGCAAUCACUGAACUUAAAACGCACACCUUAGACAGCGGAAACACAUUAAUGAGUCCUGCGUUUACAUAUGCAUUCGAAUUUCUACGCAGAGCGUUAUUUUGCACUUGUAUUUCAUCCAAUGAAGAGCUUUUAUUAUGUGGAAUUAAAAUUAUUGAGUUACAUGCACAAAUGCGAGGAAAAACUAUUCACGGAGCAUUGUCGGACUUCUGUCAUCCAAGGUAUUUGCCGAGUUAUGAAAUGUUCCAGUUGUUAUUAACGAUUGUGCGCAUAUAUAGCGGAAGAGUUCAAAAUCAAGCCGUGGUUGCCUUACUGGAGGUUGCCAAGUGUAAUUCUGGAGAAGAUUAUUGCUCGAUUGCAAAUAAAGAGGAAAUAAAACUACUUUUAUGUGCUUUGGAAGAUAGUAUGGAAACUGUCCGAGAAGCAGCAUUACGAUCAUUAUUAGUUUUACAAAAAGCGAUAGAGAACGGAUUCGUAAAUGACAACGAACUUAUGAUUACAUUUCAAAAUAUCAAUUGGAUAUCAACAUUUGAUGUUUUCCCCGAAAAUCGCAGCCUUGCCACUGAUCUUUGGGAAAAGCUGAAUCUAAACGUUCCGGACUAUGAUCAAAUAUUACCAUAUGUGAUCCAUGAUGAUAUUUCUUUGCAAAAAGCGGCUGCUGAUUCAUUAGUACCAUUACUUAAAUCCAACCCUUCCUUGGCAAAAUGUGUUUUAAAGAAGCUACUUAAAAUUUAUAGUGAAAAACUUGAAAAAAUCCCUCCAAAAUUAGAUAAAUUUGAUCGUGAAAUUGAACCUGCUAUCGAUCAGUGGAGGUCAAGAAGAGGCGUUGCCAUAGCCAUAUCAAAAAUUGCUAAAUACUUUUCAAUAGAAGACGUGAAUCAUGUGAUGCAAUUUAUGGUCGCUGCUGGCCUUGGUGAUCGCGAUGAAGUAGUUCAUAAAGAAAUGUUAGCAGCUGCUCUUACUAUUGUCGAUAUUCAUGGAAGGGAAACAAUAGUAAAUCUUCUUCCGGUGUUCGAGGAAUUUUUAGAUAAAGCUCCAAAAUCCGAAAGCUUUGAUAACAUAAGACAGGCAGUGGUUAUUUUAAUGGGAUCGUUGGCACGUCACCUUGAGAAGGAUGAUCCACGAAUAGAACCAAUCGUUAGAAGGUUGUUGACAGCACUAUCAACACCUUCUCAACAAGUACAAGAGGCUGUUUCUAAUUGCUUACCUCAUUUGAUGCCAUCUGUGAAAGAUGAAGCCGCUUCUAUGAUAAAACGGUUACUUCAUUCACUUGUAAAAUCUGAAAAAUAUGGCGAACGUAGAGGUGCUGCAUAUGGGAUUGCAGGUAUUGUAAAAGGGUUGGGUAUACUAUCUCUAAAGCAGUUCGACAUAAUGGCCAAAUUAACAACAUAUAUCCAGGAGAAAAAGAACUACAAAUCUCGCGAAGGCGCGUUAUUUGCAUUUGAGAUUCUUUGUACUACACUAGGCCGUCUAUUUGAACCCUAUAUUGUACAUGUACUUCCUCAUUUGCUGCAGUGUUUUGGAGAUUCCUCACAAUAUGUUAGGCAAGCUGCCGAUGAUACUGCAAAAGUGGUAAUGGCGAAGUUAUCAGCACAUGGAGUGAAGUUGGUUUUGCCGUCAUUACUUGAAGCCCUAGAUGAAGAUUCAUGGAGAACUAAAACAGCGUCAGUUGAACUUUUAGGGGCAAUGGCGUUUUGCGCACCUAAACAACUAUCUUCUUGUUUACCUGCCAUAGUCCCCAAAUUGAUCGAGGUUCUGGGUGAUUCUCAUACAAAAGUACAACAGGCAGGGGCUGAUGCUCUUAAGGUUAUUGGAUCUGUUAUAAAAAAUCCUGAGAUACAAGCAAUUGUUCCUGUUCUAUUAAAAGCUCUUGAAGAUCCGUCCCGAAAUACUUCAACAUGCCUUCAAAAUUUACUCCAGACAAAGUUUGUGCAUUUUAUCGAUGCCCCCUCAUUAGCUUUAAUAAUGCCAGUUGUACAGAGGGCUUUCUUAGACCGUUCUACAGAAACGCGCAAAAUGUCGGCUCAAAUUAUAGGCAAUAUGUAUUCGCUUACAGAUCAAAAAGAUUUGACUCCAUAUUUACCCAAUAUUAUACCCGGUCUUAAGAUGUCAUUACUUGAUCCAGUACCAGAAGUUAGGGCCGUUUCAGCGCGAGCAUUGGGUGCUAUGGUUAGAGGAAUGGGAGAAUCGUCUUUUGAAGAUUUAUUACCCUGGUUAAUGCAGACACUUACUUCGGAGUCGAGCAGUGUCGAUCGAAGUGGUGCAGCGCAAGGGCUAUCUGAAGUUGUAGGUGGCCUUGGUGUUGAAAAAUUGCACAAACUUAUGCCUGAAAUAAUUGCAACAGCCGAAAGAAACGAUAUUGCGCCUCAUGUAAAAGAUGGUUAUAUUAUGAUGUUUAUUUAUAUGCCCAAUACAUUUCCACAAGAUUUCACGCCAUAUAUAGGACAAAUAAUAAAUCCUAUUCUUAAAGCACUUGCAGAUGAAAAUGAAUAUGUUCGUGACACAGCAUUAAAGGCAGGCCAACGAAUAGUUAAUCUUUAUGCCGAAACGGCUGUUACACUAUUACUACCCGAGCUUGAAAAAGGAUUAUUUGAUGAUAAUUGGCGUAUUAGAUUUAGUUCAGUUCAGUUACUUGGUGAUUUGUUAUACCGUAUAUCUGGAGUCUCUGGUAAAAUGACGACAGAAACAGCAAGUGAAGACGAUAACUUUGGAACAGAGCAAUCUCACGCUGCAAUCAUAAGAUAUUUGGGUAAUGAAAGGCGAAAUAGAGUACUAUCUGGUUUAUAUAUGGGUCGCAGUGAUGUUUCUCUAAUGGUCCGACAAGCUGCACUACAUGUGUGGAAAGUUGUUGUAACGAACACUCCACGAACACUACGUGAAAUUCUUCCUACAUUGUUUGGACUGCUUCUGGGAUGUUUGGCCAGUACCAGUUACGAUAAACGACAGGUAGCUGCUAGAACAUUAGGUGAUCUUGUACGAAAACUCGGGGAGAGAGUAUUACCUGAAAUUAUACCUAUAUUAGAAAGUGGUUUAAACUCUGAGCAUGCAGAUCAACGCCAAGGCGUGUGUAUUGGAUUAUCUGAAAUAAUGGAAUCUACAUCAAAGGAAAUGGUACUUUCAUUUGUCAAUAGCUUAGUGCCAACCGUAAGAAAGGCAUUAUCAGAUCCUCUUCCAGAAGUAAGAAUUGCAGCAGCUAGAACGUUCGAUUCUCUUCACUCUACAGUGGGAUCAAAGGCUUUAGAUGACAUUUUACCAUCAAUGAUGGAAGGGCUAUCAGAUCCUGAUCCGGAACGAGCAGAGAACACAUUAGAUGGACUGCGUCAGGUUAUGUCCAUUAAAUCACGUGUUGUAUUGCCAUAUUUAGUUCCACAACUGACGUCACCGCCAGUAAACACAAAAGCCCUUUCCAUUCUUGUUUCAGUAGCUGGAGAUGCACUAACAAAAUAUUUGCCAAAAAUUCUACAUGCUCUUUUGCAAGCGCUCUCCGAAGCACAGGGCACUAGUAACGAAAUGCAAGAAUUAGAAUACUGUCAGACAGUUGUGUUGUCGGUAACAGACGAUGUCGGUAUUCGAACAAUUAUGGAUACUUUAAUGUCUUCAGCUAAAUCUGAAGUAUCAUCCACCCGAAAAUCUUCAGUUAGUUUGUUGUCAGCGUUCUGUAUACACUCACCAGGCAACUACACGCAAUAUGUACCACAGUUGUUACGAUGCCUUCUUCGACUUUUAGCAGAAAAUGACAGAGAUAUACUGCAAUACUCAUGGGAAGCAUUAAAUGCAGUGGUAAAGGGUUUGGACUCUUCGCAACAAAUUGCUCAUGUUUCCGACGUUAGACAAGCUGUCCGUUUUGCAGCCAGCGAUUCUAAGGAGGCGGAAUUACCAGGAUUUUGUUUACCAAAAGGCAUUACACCAUUGUUACCUGUUUUCAGAGAAGCAAUUUUAAAUGGUCUACCAGAAGAAAAGGAAAAUGCAGCACAAGGUCUUGGAGAAAUCAUUGUUCUUACAAGUGCACAAUCUCUUCAACCAUCUGUAGUUCAUAUAACCGGUCCCCUUAUUAGGAUCCUAGGAGACAGAUUCAAUGCGGGUGUAAAAGCUGCUGUCCUUGAAACACUAGCCAUAUUGCUCCAUAAAGUUGGUGUUAUGCUUAAACAAUUUUUACCUCAGCUACAAACCACAUUUCUAAAAGCAUUGCACGAUCAGAACCGUUUAGUCCGCAUGAAAGCUGGAUAUGCGUUGUCAGAAUUAGUUGUUAUUCAUACAAGGGCUGAUCCUAUUUUCAAUGAGAUUCAUAACAGUCUUAAAUUGAGCGACGACUCAGCCACGAGAGAAACAAUGUUACAUGCUCUUCGGAAUAUUAUUACUCCAGCAGGAAAUAAAAUGUCAGAUUCCCUUAAAAAACAAGUCAUCACUACUUUAAUUUGUUUGCUUGGACAUCAGGAGGAUGUAACGCGUGGCGCGGCAGGAGGUUGUUUGGGAGUACUUUUAAAAUAUCUUCCCAGCAAUGAAGUAAAUGACCUGAUUUGUAAUUAUAUGCUUUUGGAUGAUGGUGAUUUGGCGUUUAACCACGGACGUACAGUGUUUUUAUUUGUUGGGCUUAAGGAAUGUGCAGAAAUUAUUUUAAAUUCAGGACACGAAGAACAACUUUUAGCAUCCGUAAUUUCCCAUAUAUCAUCUGAUAAAAUUCCUAUUGCCAGUAACGGAAUACGAGCAGCAACAUACAUUAUUAAAUAUAAAAUAGAAAAUCAGAAAUCGUUACCAACUCAGGUUGUAUGGAGUUUUUCGCGGGCAAUGAAUCACACCAGUAAUGAAAUAAAGCAACUGGUUGCUAAAUGUUGCAAUUAUAUUGCAACUUCUUCACAAGUUGACGAACUACCAACGGAAUUAAUGAAAUCAUUAAUACCCAUGCUUGUUAAUGGAACAAAAGAAAAGAAUGGAUAUGUCAAGUCAAACUCUGAAAUUGCUCUGGUAUCCAUUUUACAUUUGAGAAAAGGUGAGACUGUGUACGAUCACGUCUGUCAAGUUCUUGAUCCAGGUGCUAGAGAUUCUCUAUCAGAGGUUGUAAGUAAGGUUCUAAGAAAAGUUGCUGUUCAACCACCAGGAAAAGAUGAAGAAUUGGAUGACACGAUUUUAGUUUAAUAUAU